AGCCCCUCCCUGGCCUCCCAGCUGCGGAUCCACCUGGGGCCCGGCCACCAGAUCCCUUCACAAUGCUAGUGGUCGCUGGCCCUAAUCCCUUCCUCUGCCUUCUCCUCCUCCUGCUCUUGGACCCCCACAGCCCUGAGGCGGGCAAUCCUCCUCAGCGAAGGUUUGAGUACAAGCUCAGCUUCAAAGGACCAAGGCUGGCCUUGCCUGGGGCUGGAAUACCUUUCUGGAGCCAUCAUGGAGAUGCCAUCCCAGGCCUGGAGGAAGUGCGGCUGGCCCCAUCCAUGCGGAACCGGAGUGGCGCCGUGUGGAGCAGGGCCCCAGUCCUCUUCUCCGCCUGGGAGGUGGAGAUGCAGAUGAGGGUGACCGGGCCUGGGCGCCGGGGAGCUCAGGGCAUGGCCGUGUGGUACACCCAGGACAGGGGCCAAGUAGGCUCUGUCCUCGGGGUGCUGGCCUCCUGGGACGGCAUUGGGAUCCUCUUCGACUCCUCGGCUGAGGAUAUCCAGAGCAGCCCUGCCAUCCGUAUGCUGACCAGUGAUGGGCACACCCCCUAUGAGCCGCUUGGGGAUGGAGCCGGCCGGGUGCUGGGCUCCUGCCACCGGGACUUCCGGAACCGGCCGUACCCCUUCAGAGCACGGAUCACCUACUGGGGGCAAAGGCUGCGCGUAUCCGUGAACAGCGGCCUCACUCCCAGAGACCCGGAUGAGUUCUGCAUGGAUGUAGGGCCCCUGAUUUUGGCCCCUGGAGGUUUCUUUGGGGUCUCAGCAGCCACCAGCACCCUGGCAGAUGACCAUGAUGUCCUGUCCUUCCUGACCUUCAGUCUGAGUGAGGGGGGUCCAGAGCCUCUCUCCCAGCCCUUCCUGAAGACGGAGCAGCUCCGCCUGGCAAGGCAGCUGGAAGGGCUACGGGCAAGGCUGGCCCUGGGCACAGAGGAGGACAUGAUUCCAAAGCUGAGCUUCGAAGCCCAGGAAGAGGGGGAAAGUAUCUUUGACCUGGAAGAGACGCUGGGCAGACACAGCCGGAUCCUGCAGGCUCUCCAGGGUCUCUCCGAGCAUUUGGCCCAGGCUGAGAGGCAAUGGAAAAAGCAGCUGGGGUCCCUAGGCCAGGCCAGGCCUGAGGGAGCCUGGGCUCGGGACCCCUCCUGCCAGAUUCCACUCACCCCAGAGAGUGGAGGGGCUGUGCCCUGGGCCCUAGAGAAGAGACUGGUACUCCUGCAGGACUCUGCCAAAGUCAGCACCUUGCUCCAUGGACAGCGGACUCUUCUCCAGGACCUGCAAGAAAUGAGGGAUGCAGCUGCCCACAUGGCCUCAAGAGCCCAGGUCUUCUACCCACCUGUGGGUACCAAGCAUCAUCUCUUAGAGCUGGACCAGAUCCUGACCCGAAUGCAGAAGGACCUUCGGGGACCAGUGAAAGCAGCAGCCAAGGACCCCCGCCCACCUGGCUGGCUUCCAGGGGCCUCCUCAUGCCUGCUGCCAGGCAUCUUCCUGUUCUUCCUCCUCAUCCAGACUUUAGGAUUCUUCUGCUAUGUACACUUCAGACAGGAGCAGAACCAGAACCUUCCAGACUGUUUGUCCACAGGCAGCCUUCCUCUGAGUCCUGCACCACGCAUCCCUAGGGCCCUGGGGCUUCUGAGGAGGCAGCCCCUCUCCCCCAGCAUGAAUGCAUGACCCACUUCAAAGCCCUGAAGGGCUGUCCACUUCUCAUCACUGGGAAGUGGACAGUGUCUGGGGGGCAUGGAGGGCUUGGCCAGCAUCCUCUCCCUCUAGGUGCCCAGCUCCUACCCACACCUUAGCUUAUGUGGAGCUCCCACCUUAUUAAAGGUGACUUCCCUCUCCCCAUGCUUUGCUACACUCAUUUACCUUCCAGCUGCACCUUAAUCUCUCUGAAGGCUUCCAACUUCUCUGGUCCGGUAGCCAGAGUGGGCUCCAAGCAGACAAGGAGGCCAAGGGCUGGCCUGGACGCCAAAAAGACCAGAUACCCCACAGGCUUUAAGCCCUGGACUAUGGAGGGAAAGAGGGAGUCGCAACUGUGUAUAAUUCUGUCCUCAAAUUCACCCAGAACAAGGAGCGGUGUCUCCAGGUACCCUUCCUAGCCCAGCCAGCAUCACCAUGAACAGCUCUCUCCCUCCUCCGCUCAGUUCUAGGGGUCAGCAGGGCAGGCUGUGACCGAGAACUCUAAGAGGCAACCCGUGGAGCCAUAAUUGGGAUUCCCACUCUCUGGCCUCCCUCCCUUUCCCAGCCUCAAGCUUUGGGCAGCUGCUGGGGAAGCUGGUUGGGGAGACGAAUGGGGUGGGGCCCAGGGUUGGAUCUUUGUCCCUCGCUUCUACUCCUAUCUCCCAGCUGAACUCCUGGCUAUCAGCAACCUGGGAGAGGAGGAAGUGGGCGGAGAGUAGGAAGCAAGGUUCAGGGAAUGAACCAGUGAAACCCCUUCCCCUGGGGAGCGACCCCACCCUCAAAGGCCCUAAUCUAUUGUCAGCAGCGCACAGCUGAGCUUGGAGUUGAAGGAGGCACGUGGGGGAGGCGGGAGUGUGGAGCCGGCACGUGGUCCAGCCUCCUCGGCCCCGUGCAGGCC